ACGAAAUGGAAAACGCCACGACGUUAAACGAAACCGAGAUUAAGUUCAAAUUGACUGACUACAGUCUAUUUAUAGUAACACUUGCGUCGAGCGCUCUGAUCGGCAUAUAUUUCGGGGUUAAAGGUAGAAAAAAACAGAGCUCCGCAAAUGAUUACUUUUUGGGUAACAAAUCGAUGCAUUCAUUUCCCAUCGCUUUAUCAUUAAUAUCUUGUAAUAUUUCGGGAAUUACAAUGAUUGCUAUACCAACAGACGUUUAUAGAUUCGGUGCGCACUUUUGGAUGGCCGCUGUAGCAACUCAAAUGUGCAUUUUCGUAGGCUAUUUCAUAACGAUACCAAUAUUUUUCAAUUUAGGCGUAUCUUCGACUUUCGAAUAUCUAGAAAUGAGAUUUAGUGCAAAACUUAGGAGAUUCGCAUCCGCUUUGUAUACUUUCAACAUGUUUUCCUAUUUACCUAUAGUAGUUUACGUACCAGCUUUGGUUUUAUCUCAAGUAACUGGAUUUUCGAUCCAUAUUAUAACUGUGUCUGUAUGCGCGGUUUGCAUUUUUUACACUACGAUUGGAGGAAUCAAAGCUGUGGUUUGGACUGACGCUUUACAAAGUAUAGUGAUGAUUGGAUCUGUUAUAGCUAUAGUUGUUAUUGGCACUGAUAACUCUGGUGGUGUAAAACAAGUGAUUGAAGAGUGCAAGAAAGGUGAUUUAUUUGAAAUCGAUUAUAGAAUGGAUCCAACUAUAAGAGAUACAGUUUGGUCGUUAGCUGCGUCGAUGUUUUAUUGGCUAAACUUCAUAGCUGUUGGACAGAGCAGCGUGCAAAAGUGUUUAGCUUUACCGACGUUCAAAGAAAUUAAGAAAGCAUUUUACAUUGUCGGAAUUGGACUUGGCGUAAUUCUCUAUGGAAGCGUUUAUAUUGGUUUACUGAUUUACGAUAAAUACAACAAAUGCGAUCCACUACUUACUAAAAAGAUACAAGUCGCAGAUCAGAUAUUGCCUUAUUACGUUUUGGAUGUAAUCAACAAAGUCCCUGGUUUAGGUGGACUCUUCAUAGCUAGCAUCUUCAGUGGCGGAAUUAGUACUUUAUCUGCAGCAAUGAACGCUCUUUCCUGUACAAUCUACAAUGAUUUCAUUGCUGUAUACAUGCCAAUCGACUACCCACAAGAGAAAGUUGGGAAUAUUUUGAAAUUAACUGUAGUACUUGUUGGUGUAAUCUGCACUGUCCUCGUGUUUAUAAUCGAACAACUUGGAAGUAUCCUACCUUUAGCCAUCUCUUUACCAAGUAUAUCAGCUGGUCCUUUAGUAGGAUUAUUCCUCAUGGGAAUGCUUGUACCAACGAUAAACUCAAAGGGCGCUUUGUACGGAUGUAUUUCAUCCGUUGUCUUAUUGAUCCUAAUGGUAUUAGGAUCCUUCUACUACAAGAUGCAAAAGUUAAUAACAUUCGAAACUAAACCCACGUCCACUGAGAGCUGUUCAACACCUUUCAACGUCACAACACCAAUUCAUCCGGAGACAGAUUGGAAGCCGUUUUAUCUAUUCAGGAUAUCGUUUUAUUACUAUUCCUUGAUCGGAGUAUGCACCGUGUUCUUCGUAGGAUGGAUUGUCAGCUACUUUUCCAAAGCAGAUCAAAAACAGGUUCAAAAGAAGUUAAUUAGUCCGUUGAUGCAUUGGGCGAUGUCGGAUGAUCUACUUCCACCCACCUAUAAUGAUGUCAAAGAGAAUUUAGAAUUAAUGGAAGAAAUCACAGAAAAACAAUAAAUUA